AUGUCAUACAUGAAUCAACUGCAGGAGAAGAGGGGAAGCAAGUAUAUCACUGUGUGUGUCGAUGCGGCUCUUCAUCUCGAUGUUCCUGUCAAGGCGGCAUGGUAUGAUGUAUUUCUUUACAAGCUGAAAUGGGCUACGAUGACUCUAUUUGCACCCGAAAUCGCUCUGUAUAUGGCAGCAGAUCAGUUACAACAGGCCUGGAACUUGAAGUUUGCACAUAUACCUCUUGUACUAUCAGAACAGUCCCUCCAUCGCUGGGAUGCCAUCUUGUCAACCUAUCCCUUCCACAACCGCGAGGCUUUUUGCAAAACAGCGAGUUCUGUCAAGGUGAAUCAUAUCGCUUGGUAUUUUGAGACGAUAAGUCCCCAAGAUGAUGCUGGGCCUCAAGCUGGCCAAGAUCUCUUCGUCGCUCAACUACCAGAGUUCAAACCAGUUCUCGACCCUACGCACAGAACCAUGCCUUUCAGCGAAGGGAAACGAAACCUUGAUAUCAACUUCAAUGUAUUCACAGAGAGUGAAGGCGUCUUUGGUCUUUUGGGCUUCUUCCAACAGUUCCCGUGGCUCGCUGGCCUUGCGCUGCUUCUCUCUGGCAUCUAUAGAGGUGUUCAUCUGUCAGCAUGGAACUGGACUUUCCCCAACUCUAACGAGCAUUUGAUGUGGAAGAUAAGUUGUCUCUAUAUUGCGGGCGCGUUGGCGUUGUACUUUAUCAUGGCAGUAUUUGCUACAGCUGUAAGAACUGAAGGAACAGCGUGGCCAGUGACAUACAUCGCAUUCUGGCUCGCCUUGUUUGUCCACAUGGGUGCCAGACUUUAUUUUGUGUUCGAGUCCUUCUUUAGCUUGAGGCGCUCUCUUGCUGGAGUUUAUACAUCACCGGCUUGA